AUGUUUCUUCCACUUCAAAAACUGCUGGCUGCCAAGCAUCUUUCGCGCCGCCCUUUGCGCGUAGUGGUGGUAGCGAGGAAACCCGUUGGUGUAGUUUCCCUUCUUCUACCGCGCUCUCGCUCUAGGCACAGGAAGAUCCAAUCUGCAUCCAAUCCAAGAUUCGCUCCAUCAAUAAAGCAGAGCAGCACUCACUCUUUCGUCCACGGAACCCACAUUCAGCACUCCAGCAGUCCCGCCUUGCACACUACAGCUACACCGGCCAUCCUAGCAGCAGCAGCACGGGUCACAGCAGGGGCGGGUUGUCAGGGUUGGGAUAAGAACCCGCAACCAGAUAAGCUCAUGGAUGGUAUAGAACAACUAGUUGACGAGCAUGACAUUGAAAAAGUCGCGUCAGCCAAUCAGCUCUCAGCUGAUGAUGUGGCAGCAGGGGAGCUGUCGCUGGACUGUAACCGCUUCCUGAUUGGCCGCAGCAUGAUCAACGACCGAGUGAGCGACCAUGAGGAGGGGAUCACGUGGCUGCGGUCGGCCCCGCGCCUGCUGUGGGUGGCUCGGGAGAGGCGUGCCGAGGCUGAUGCAGCUGAGAGGCAGAGGAGGCGGGAGAAGUAG